AAUCUAAAUCUGAAUGAAUUUUUAGAACCUUUUGUGAUUUGCCUUUGGUAUCGAUCAAUAUUGAUACCAAUGUUGGAAUCCAUAUUUGGAUCGACCCGCCUACCACUACCACUUGCCUAUCCACAACACCGGCGGAUCUCCCACAUUACACUCAUUUGUCACCCUUCUCCUGACCAAAAAUGGCAGCAAACAAUACCUACUCUAUUGUAGAAUAUUUCGGUGGGGACGAUGGCUACCGAUGUGGUUACUGCAAAAACGAGAGGGGAAACUUUUCUCACGGUAUGUGGUCGCAUACAAUGACAGUACAAGACUAUCAAGAUCUUAUCGACAGAGGAUGGAGAAGAAGUGGUAAAUAUGUGUACAAGCCCAUAAUGAAGAAGACAUGCUGUCCACAGUACACCAUCAGGUGUCAUGCUGCAAAAUUCCAGCCUUCCAAAUCCCAUAAGAAAAUAUUAAAGAAGAUGAAUAAAUUUAUUUCUAAAGGAGAAUUACAAAAAGGACCUGGUGAUGAACAUGUGGAACCGAUGGAUUCAGUGUGUGAAGAUGUGGGUCCACGAGCACCGAGGAUGGAAAUAACAAAGUCUGCUAUUACAGACAUUGAAAAGGAAAUAGUGGAGUGUCCUGCUAUCCCGGAAGGUGAGAGGAAAGAUUUAGACGUGACACCCACUGGAUCAGAAGUCUCUGUAAAAGAUUCAGACUCUGUCGCAGAUAGAACAACAGCCACAGCUCCUAAACCUGGUAAAGGAUCAGAUCCCAACCGACCCCUUUGUCGCAAGGCCAAAGACUUGAGGAAGGAGCGGCGUAUACAGAAGGAGCAGUUGAAACAUGGCAGUGUUGGGGUCUCCUCCACUUUGACCACUAGCCCCCCAAACCAUACCCUGACCAACCAGCCCAAAACCCUGGAAGAUUUCCUUAGUGAGAUAUGCCCUGACAGCUCGUCUCAUUGCCUUGAGGUGAGGCUAGUGCGCUCCAAUCCCCCUUGCCCGCAGUUCAAAGCCUCUUUCGACGCCUCCUACCAGGUGUACAAACUCUACCAGAUGGCCAUUCACAAGGACCCUCCUGACAAACCUUCCGAGAGCCAGGUGAGGCUAGUGGCUGUCAGCUUUGAGGACCCACAAUUCACUGCGUCCUAUCAGCAGUCUGCCGCGCUGUACGCUCGCUACCAGAUGGCCAUUCAUGGGGAUGACCCCAGCGAAUGUAGUGAGAGUGAGUUCCGGCGAUUUCUCUGCGAUUCACCUUUAGAGGCAGAAUAUUCAACUGAUGGGCCAGAGAUGGGUUAUGGUUCCUUUCACCAGCAGUACUGGCUCGAUGGCCAGAUUGUGGCAGUGGGAGUGAUCGAUAUCCUGCCUACCUGUGUGUCGUCUGUCUACCUGUACUACCACCCAGACUUUGCCUCCUUGUCUCUGGGCUCCUACUCUGCUCUCAGGGAGAUUGCUUUUACUAGGCAGCUACAGAAACAGUCCCCCAAGCUGUCCCACUACUACCUGGGCUUUUACAUUUACUCCUGUCCCAAGAUGCGGUAUAAGGGACAGUACCGACCUUCUGACCUGCUCUGCCCAGAAACCUAUGUCUGGGUGCCCAUUGAGCAAUGCCUUCCACAUCUGGAGAACUCGCGCUAUGCUCGAUUCAACCAGAAUCUUGAUGAAGGAGAUGCCCAGGUCCUGAAAGACGUGGGCAGAGUUCUGGUGCUACACAGACGGACCGUCAUGCCCUACACAGUCUAUUCCAGAAAGCGAAAAGGCUCCACUGACGAGACGGAGGUUCAGGAAUAUGCUAACUUAGUUGGCCAGAACUGUGCUGAAAGGAUCUUGCUGUACCGAGCUUGAAGAAUCUUGAAGAAACUUGAAGAAUCACAACACAGCAACUUUUUAAUAUCCAGCUUCCAACCACAGUCGGUCACUUUAGCCUCAUUUCCACCAAACAGUGCAUUUCCAUUUAUAUCGUACCAAGUUUUUUUCUGCUUUUUCUUUCAGUAUUUCAGUAAUUGGUCUUUAAUACAACAGUACAAAAGUGAACAUGAUGGAUGUAUUCCAUUGUUGCCUUCUGUUACUGUGUUAUGUUUUUUAUUGUUGAAAUCAUUGGCCGUUUACGUAUGUUACGCUAGCUUAUGUAGCUAGCACAGCUUCUGCCAUCAAGGAUUGACGUUUCGACUACUACCAAGAAAACUUCUAUUUAGAAAAAAAAUAUUAUGAAAUUAUGUUUACAUGGUUAAUUCCACAAAUGAAUGAAUGUUAUUGCAACAAUUUCAAAGGCAGAACACAAACUGUCACAUAGACUGAUGUGAAGAAGUGUACAUCAAUAACCUGAUUUGUUUUUGACAUGUUUGUCACAUUUAAAUGUUGCAGAUCAUCAAACAAAUCAAAAUAUUAGUCAAUGACAACACAGCUGAACACAAAAGGCAGUUUUAAAAUUAAACUUUUUAAUAUUAACGGAGGAAAAAAAAUCCAAACCUACCCUGUGUGAAAAAGAGAUUUCCCCCCUUUUAAAAUAUAACUGUGAUGAAUUGAGAUCAGUCUGUAAAAUCUUAUAAAGCCAUUUCUUAAGCUUUGGAACUUCAGCGAACCGCAGCGAACCGCAUCUACAAAUGGCGAAAACAUGUACAAGUGGUGAACCUUCCCAGGAGUGGCCCACCAACCAAAAUUACCCCAAGAGCCUCAGUUCAGGUCACGUUGUUCAUGGCAUUUCAGAAAAAGAACACCGUACCAGCAGUAAAAUAUGUUGGUGGUAGUGUGAUUGUCUGGGGCUGUUUUCCUGCUUCUGGACUCAGAAGAAUUGAAUUCUGCUGAGGGAGAAUAUCUGGCCAUCUGUUGGUGAACUCAAGCUGAAACCAACUUGUGUUCCAAAACACACCCGCAAGUCCACGUCCAAAUGGCUAAGGAAGAACAAAAUGAGGGCUUUGGAAUGGCCUAGUAAAAGUGGCAAUCCUGUGGCAAAACCCUCAAAUGUGGCUGAAUUACAGCAAGUCUGCAAAGAUGAGUGGGCCAAAAUUCCUCCACAGGACGGUAAGAGACUCAUUGAAAGUUAUUACCAACUCUUGAUUGCAGUUAUGUUUAGGGAGCAAUCACUUUUUCAUUUUUUCUCAAUAAUAAAAAUAUUGUGUUCAAUUGUGUUGCCAUUGAUUGAUGAUCUGAGAUAUUUAAGUUGACAAACAUGCAAAAAAGAAAUCAGAAAGGGGGCGAACACCUGAAGGCAUUUGAACCAGAGAGUCCAGGUCAUUCAUAUACUGUAUUGGUGAAAACUAAGCCAAAGUGCCAGUCCAGCAUCUAAAAACACCUGACCCAAAAGAACAGUGCUGCAGGUUUUUGGACUGUUGAAAGUGUAAGUGGUAUUACACAAUUUACAGCAAACUACAUUUUCUACAUUUCAAUUGUUGCUCCCUUUAUUUAGCAUUAGAUUGACACAGGAAACGUUGCACAACAUGCUGAAUAACUUGUGCGUUCUGCUGGUUGUUGCCAUGUAAUGAAAGCCUGUAUGCCUCAGUUGCUUUGAAACUUAGCAACUAUACAUUAUAACAGGAACUAUACAUUAUAACCUUGUCCAUCUGAAUCCCACAUUGAAAGCCUACAAAACGAUAAAUCAUCAAACAGAAUCCUCAUGUCUAAUCACAACCUUGCCUUCGCCAACUGCAAGAUAAGGAGUUAUUGUUCCAAAAAUGAACUGCACCAUACUGCUUGGUGGAAACGUGGUUUUUCUGUCUGUCUCGUCUUUGUAACUGAUCUUUCUACUGCUUCUCCGUGUAUUCGCAACGUGCUAAUCGCUUCUAUCAAUGCAACUCUCCCUAUCCGUGUAGCUCUUCGCCUACAGUCCUCACUCAUCUCUUCCUGUACGUCUUUAUGUUUACCUAAUGUGAGACCACAAUGAGAUCAGUCCCUUAUAUGUCUUUUUGACCAUUUGUAUGUUAAAGUAGUGAUCAUGAAAAUAGAGAGACAGAAAUUAGAUUGUUUAGUGAUGCUGCAUUGUCACUGCGAGAAAUAUUUGGAGAUGUGUAAACAUACUUUUAAUUACCAACAUUGCAUCCCUAGAGGUCCCUGUCAUACUAUACCAAAGUAUUGCAUUUUUAACAGUCAAGUCUUGUAUUUAUGUUCAUAGAUGUAUGGGUUUUCUUUUAAUGUCCACGUAUUGUUUAUUAGUUAACCAAAUAAAGGGCUGUAUAUUGCCUGUCGGACAAGGAGA